AUGUUUCAGCAUUUUCUACAAAGACAAUCCACUCGUAUCUUCAGCAGACAACCACUCUCUUUGUGCUCUGGAUGCUACCGACAGCAGAAAACAACGCUCCUUCCCAAACGAUUGCCAGCAACAAGAGGAUUUCAUACGACCCGACCUACAAAAGUGCCCAUUGUGCCCAUACCAGCCAUCAUAUUGGGUGCUCUGAAAACUGGAAAAUUAGUUAGUCUUGUAUCCUUAUCAUCUAAAACAUCAUUAACAUUAUUGCCUCAUACCUUCCGUAGAGGCAGUAAAGGUGAUUUGAUAGCAAAAGUACUAGCUGGUAUACCAUUGUUUGGUUUUACGUUAUUACUGGUGGUUGGCUUGGAUCAAGCACCAAACACAUCUCGGUUGAGAUUGAUCUACCUCAGUGAAGAAGAAGAGGCUGAAAUUGUAGAGGCAGAAAUAGACACCUUAUUAGAAGCGCAGAGUGGAUUAGUGGCACCAAAAGAUAGCGAAGUCGUCAUGUGGUUGCAAACGAUUGUGGAUAAUUUGGCUGGUCCUGCUGUAGACGAUAUUCGUGACCCUGUCCGUCGCUAUGCGGAUGAUAAUCAUGCGCUGCAAAGAAGCAGGCAGAUACAAGUCGUGCCUUCCAACCUGCCCACAAGCGGCGAAGUGGAUGUCAUGGUCAGCACAGAGCAAGAAGAGGAAGAGUUCCGUCCAGCCAUUCCCAAGCGAGAUUUCGAGGUCAAUGUGAUUUGGGAUUCAACGACAGUCAACGCCAUGUGCGCAGGAUCUCGCUUGAUUGUGUACAACUUGCUGAUUCACUACAUGGACUAUGAUACCACCAGAAUGGCAGUGAUACUGUCUCAUGAGAUUGCUCAUUCGCUGCAACGGCAUUUUGUGGAGCAGCACGGAUUCGCCUCGCUCAUGUUCAUGUUGGGCGAUAUUACACGUGGUGUAUUUUGGAUGAUUACCGAGUCUAUGGGCCCCUAUGUCAAUCAAAAGAUCAAUGAGUAUAUAUCCACUUUUAUCACACUGGAAACGCAGACAACAUACAAUAGAAAGCUAGAAAAAGAAGCGGAUUUAGUAGGGUUGAAGAUAUUGGCAAAGGCAGGCUAUGAUCCUCGAGCAGCUGUCGAUGUGUGGCAGCGAAUGGCAGACUUGGAAUCAGAACUAGGCGAGGAUCUCAAGAACAACAAGGACCCUGUAGUGCAAAGUAGAGCGGUCGCAGCAGCCAAGCGAUCCAUUCCAGCGACCACAACACCGAAAGCCGAGGAAAAAUAUGAAGAUUUGGAAUAUGGCGUGCGAGAGUUUCUGGAUUCGCUUGUCAAUUCAUGGUUUGGCUCCAGCCAUCCACCCAACAUAGAGAGAAUAGAGUACAUGCAAGAGCAUUUGGAGGAAGCCAUCCUGAUAUACGAACAAGCACUAAAGAUGAACGGACCACCCAAGGAGUUUAUAUUUAGCGAAGAUCUUCAAAACAAGAUGGAGUUGACCAACGUAUCCAGCCAUGGCGUCAUUCGCUACGUCGCUAGCUGGUUAUCAUCGCUUUAUUCGUGGUCAUCAAACACCAAGAACAACGAUACUACAUUGGCAAUGGAUUAG